ACCACUUCCGAUAGAGCAGCUGUCAGGUUCCUCUACUGUACUAUACCUAUCCUCCGCUCAACCGACACAGACACGACACAGACACCAUGUCUGUCACGCUCCACACCACACACGGCGACCUCAAGGUCGAGCUAUUCUGCGAAGCGGUCCCCAAAACCGCAGAGAACUUCCUCGCCCUCAGCGCCAGCGGCGCCUACAACAACACGCCCUUCCACCGCCUAAUACCCGGCUUCAUGAUCCAAGGCGGCGACAUCUCGCUCACGCAAACGGGGCCCACAAACCCAGACACGAAACGACCAUACCUCCCAAUCGACGGACCGAUCCCAAAAGGUGGAACGUCAAUCCACCACCCCUCGGCCCUGAACCAGGAGAUCCAUUUGCCAGCGCUGAAGCACCACACGCGCGGGAUGCUGUCGAUGGCGGCGCGGCCGGUCAAGGACCGCACGGCGCCGGGGGCGCAGGGCGCGACCGGCGCGACCAUCAACGGGAGCCAGUUCUUUGUGACAUUCGCGGCGGCGCCGCAUCUGGAUGGCGCGAGUACUGUGUUCGGGAAGGUGCUGAAUUUGACGGCGCAGGAUGAGGGCGGGGAUGUGUUGACGAGGUUGGAGCAGGCGAAGGCGAAGAUUGAUAAGAAGGGACGGGUCGUGCAGCCUGGGCCUGGGGAGGAGAAGGAGGGCGAGUGGGAGGCUUUGGCCAUCAAGUCUGUUACUAUUCAUGCUAAUCCGUUUGCGCGGUAAUUUGCUUUAUUUUGUCGGACGGAUGUUGUCUGGUGGUUCUGGUGGCGAGGGUAGCGGGGUUUCAUCUUGGGGUUACUGGGGUGGCCUUG